AGUAACCCUAAAACACACAUCUCUAAGUUUAACUUCACCAAACAAACACUUUUUAUUUUCACUAUGGCGGGUCGUCUUCGUCGCUCCAUGUUUCGUCUUUCUUCCAUUAAGCGACCUUUUAUCCAUGGUGGCAGUAAUUCAAGACAAGAUUCAGGUCCAUAUCCUUCAACCAGCAAAGAGUCGUCGAUGGAACCACGGGCUCGCUCACCGUCGCUUUCACCCAAGAGAGAGUCCGUUGCUGCUUCUCCGAUGUACUCUGUGAAGAAGGUUGCUUCACCAUCUCCUUCUCCAUCGUAUGGAGGUUCAGCUGGAGGAGUGAUCAACUCACAACCGAAGGCUGUAGAUGAAUACCUUAAGGAUAAACCUACUACUCAACCCAGAUCUCCUGAAACCGAGCCUAAAGCGGUGGUCGGAAAAGCCAUGAAGAAAGUGAUUGAUUCGGAUUGUCACGGCGAGUCGAGCAAAACGACGAUGACAUCCCACAAGCAUGAGCCAAAUACAAUAAAGAUUGCAGGAGAAAAUCAUGGAGCAGUAAUGGAAAUCUUCGAGUUAAAAGGGGAAGGGGGAGAUAUGAUAGAGAAGAAAGAGACAUUUAGAAGAACAUCAAACAGAAAGGCAAAGGAUCAAAACAAGGAAGGGUGUAAGGAGAAGAAGGGCGAAAGCACUUAUUUGAACAGCAAUGUUCAGGGCGUAAACAAUUCUAUUCUUUACGGUGCUUCUUUGGCUCACCAUGACCCGGUUCGAGCGAAAAUUGGAUGUGCAGUAUUUCUCUACCCACAGCAUACGCAUACACACAUGGACUCUACAAGAGUGAGCAUGGUUUUGACGUGGCAUGUUUUGGGCUGGAAGGUUGUUGGGCUAGGCUACAAGAGGAUGGGCUGGACUAGAGCACUAGAGACUGAUGCUGGACAUGCUGGACACCCCUCGUUGGCUUACACAUGUCCCAAUCACAACCUUACACGUGUUCUCUUCUUAUUACCCCAUGUUUUACUCGAAAAUGUAUGGAUAAUGGUACAUAUCCAUUAACUAUUAUAAAUUCUC